UUCGUAUAUUAGAUGGGUAGACCGCUAAGGGGAGGCGUCAUUCGCAUGCAGUAAAUUGUGGAGUCUGGAUACGUUAUCAAUUACGUUAUACGUUAUACGUUACGUUGUACGUUAACACGUUAUGGGUGCUCGAAUGAGGGCGGCGAUAAUCCUUGGAUUACUGGUACAGGGAUCCAUAGCAGCGUCAUUGGUGGACCUACUGUCGAGACAAAUACAUACGAAUGUCGGAAAUGGCGAUGUCGGAAAUGACGGUGUUGGAAAUGACGAUGUCGGAAAUUACGCUGAACGUCCUAAAGGCUUGACAGACAUGGUGUCGGACAGUUUGAAAGAUAUUGACCAAACAGAACAAUUCGACUUAACCGAUCACAGUUUAAAGGUUGAGGAAACUGAUGGCAAAAAAGAGAAAUAUAUUGACGCAACCAUAGCUGGAGAUGUAAUUGCAGCAGACGGAAGUGAGUACGAGAAUUUGAACACGGAUAAAACAGAAGACCAGAUAUCAAUCUUGGAUGCACUGAUUAACAGUCAGUCCAGUCCUUCAGAAAAUAGUUCCAUUCAAUCAACUGAAAGCCUUUGGGACACGAAACAAAAAUUAUCAUCAAAAUCAGACACGUGCCACUUGCGACAGAGUAUGGCUUAUGGCGAAUGUGGUCACGUUGCCCACUGUCCAGUCACGUGUUCGAGCGAGACCGAUUGCACGUUUCCCUACUGCGAUUCAAAGGGUCAAUGUCAAUGUAGACAAGCUGAGUGUAGCACAGCCGAAAUGUGCGAAUUCUUCAGAAUAGAGUGUCAAGGAACAUUCACAUGUAAGGAAGGUUACUGCUACUGUCAACAGGAGGAGGAAAGCGAAAUCACACAACAACAAAACAGAACGCAAUAAAUAAAAACACGACGUGACUACCCUGAAAAAUGUUGAUGUUUGAAGACAUUCACAAUAACAGUCUAUAUCGUGACGUUGAGGGAUAUUGUUCGAUUUGUAUGAAUAAAAUUUGGCCGUGCUCUGUGAACAGGUUUUUUAUGCAUGUGCAGUCUGCACAGGCUAAUCAGGGACGAAACUCUCUGCCUAAACUUGAUUUUUGCUAAGAAAAGACUUUAUUGAAACGAAAAUAUCAUUACAGCGGAAAGUGUCGUCCCUGAUUAGCCUGUGCGAACUGCACGGCUUAAUGUGGGACGACACUUUACGCACAUGCAUUAAACCUAUUUUUCACAGAGCCCAUCCUAAUUGUUUUGUGUUUAAACGAAUGAACAAACUAAUUAUAAGGGGGGUAAGAGAGCUUUAUUACUAAAUCAAAAACUAACUACAGCUCCGUAAAACUAAUGCUGAAAAGCGCUCCUGGUAUGAAAAUACAACCAAAGACAAUAAUAAGCGUAAUUAAAUAUGUGCAAAAAGCGCGCAAUACAAAUAAACAACAUGAGAAAUUCAGAAAAACAACAACAUAAAAUUGGCGCAUUUGAACUGCAUCGGUACACAAAGCAUACAUAUACAUAAAAGAUAUAUGCCAAUCAAUGUUAUAUAUAAAAGCGCAUCGAAGAAACCAUCAUGAAAAGGCGCACAAAGCCAAUAGAUAAUGGCCAUACAAAAGAACCUUAUCGUUGCACUUAAAUGAAAUGUUCCCCAUGCCCCCCUGAAGCAAUUAAGAAAGUAAAGCCCCCCUCAAGGGUCCGGCUGGGACGGAGGGUGGGUUAAAAACAUCUUGCGUUCUGCACAGACGCGCAUUCAUUUAUGUCCUGUGUGCAAAGGCGGGCUGAUAAACAGGAAACCCACGUGACCCAGCUAGGGGCCCAGAAGGGGCAGCGCAGCAUUGCUCAUUCGUCUUAAUACAAUUAAGGAGCUUAAUUACACUUAAACGAAUGAACAAACUAAUUAUAAGGGGGGUAAGAGAGCUUUAUUACUAAAUCAAAAACUAACUACAGCUCCGUAAAGUUAAUGCUGAAAAGCGCGCCUGGUAUGAAAAUACAACCAAAGCCAAUAAUAAGCGUAAUUAAAUAUGUGCAAAAAGCGCGCAAUACAAAUAAACAACAUGAGAAAUUCAGAUAAACAACAACAUAAAAUAGGCGCAUUUGAACUGCAUCGGUACACAAAGCAUACAUAUACAUAAAAGAUAUAUGCCAAUCAAUGUUAUAUAUAAAAGCGCAUCAAAGAAACCAUCAUGAUAAAGCGCACAAAGCCAAUAGAUAAUGGCCAUACAAAAGAACCUUAUCGUUGCACUUACAUCCUAAUUGUUUUGUGUCUAUAAUGGAGAUAACUGCAUAUCUCAACCACACCAGUUCAUUGAGAGUUAU